AAAUAUAAUCGAAAUGGUAGAAUCAUACAACAUUUUACGUCUAAUAAUAAUUACGUUUUUCAGGUUGAAGCUUACAAAAAUGAAAACGACAAUGACAAUGACAAUAAGAAAUUCUUCAAAAUUAAUGAUGAGAGAAUUCCGUUCGAGGAAUUUAAAGUUGGACAACUCGAGAGUCUUAUCUCUCUUGACAUCGAUGAAAGUGCUCUUAAUCCUAAAUCUAAUGAAGCAGAUAUUGAAACCUUGGAGGCGAAAGACGGUCCUGUGGAUCAUAAAGAUUUAACAUUAUACAUAAAUCCUAUUGAAAAAAUGUAUUUUAAAUUGAAUGUUGACGAAUACAAACUACUCGCACAAGUUUCAAAUACGUGGUGUAUAAUCGACAGGAGAGAACCCCAAAUCAGUCACGAUUAUAAUGGCGGAAAGUUUAUUAUGGUAUCUUCUCCCCAAAAAGAAACAAUUAAAAGUUUUGUUAAAGCACAGAAGUGUAUAAAAAUGUAUAUGCCGACUUGGGAAAAAGAUGAGAUAUUAGAAUGUUUCGACUUUCUUGAUGCAGAUAAAAACAUUGUGAUGGAAGGAAAAAGUUCACAGGACAUAACACAAUUGGGAGGUUUACGUGGAACGUUGUUUGAAAUGAUCGCGCAUACGAGAAUUCGCCAAGGAGGAAAAUUUCAAGUACGUGAACUAACAAAAGAAGGUAAUGGAUCGGAAUACACUCGUAAUUUUAAGUUUCUAGAAGAAAAAUUUUUUGAUGAUGUUAAUGAGAUACAGCAUAGUAUGGAGCAAGAAGGGUUAAGAGCGAUUUAUCCAAUCUUAGAAGAAGGAGAAGUCCGUAUUUACUUUGUAUUGCCAAAGAAUAUAUUUGCAAAUUUCAAAAAAAAACAGAAUUAUGAAAAUAAGGGGGAGGGAAAUGUAUUCGUCCAGUAUGCAUUGUGCGUAAAUCUCGAGUAUUGA